CAACAAAUUCUGGGGAGAUUAUAAUUGCACGCGAUGGAUUCCCUUGUGCAGCUCGUUAUAUCUACCCAGCGGUCGCGCCUCGUUCUUUUCCGUCACCGUUACCGUGCUGGCACUGUUCUUACCCAGUCUCUCAGUCUCACGGCUACCACAUUCGUUACCAUCUGCUUCUAUCUUUCGCUCUUUUGCCAGUUAUCACUCGUGUAGACACCGCCGUUCCUCACCCUCGCCUUCGCCGACCCUAGUCUCAGGAUUCUCGAUCAACAUGCGCUUCCUCAGCCUUCUUACAGGCUUCGGCAUCAUUGCCUUGGCUGCCGGACAAAACGCAACAAACACAACAAACACGACUCACAGUGCAACGAGCGUCUCCAGCUCCGCCUCCUCGACGGCGUCUCUCAAUGCUCAAGUGAUUUGUCUGCAGAAAUGUGGCUCCGCCGAUGUCUGUUGCCAGGCGAAAUGUGUCAAUGUGCCUUGUCCCAGCCAAAGUCAGGCCAAUGCGACGACCGCGUGUGAGGCCAAGUGCCCGCAAGGGAAUGGUACAGCUGCGGACACGGACGCCUAUGCUCAAUGUCAAGCAUCAUGCGUCAGCUCUUACUUUCUCUCUUCCACUGCCGCGGUGGCGACCGCCAGCUCAAGCGCAGGCGGUUCUGCCACGUUUGGAGGGAGUGCUGCGACCACAACAGGUUCGUCAGGAUCCAGCGCAACCUCGGGUUCAAACACAGCUGCUUCAGCUUCAGCAACCUCGACUUCGGCAGACAAUGGUUCCAGCGGCCUGCGCGUUGGCACUGUUGGUCUCGGGUUCUUGGGAUUGGUCAUGGCAGGGCUUGCCUUGUAAAUGGUCAGCGACCAGGACAUGAUAUUCAGCACGCAUCAAUGAUCUCUGAUUCUCUUCGCGCAAGUAACCUCUCUUGCUUUGUUUCUUGAUCUGUCUUUGGCGUUGUAGUCCAUGGAAGAACAAAUCAUUUCUAGUACUGUGGCUGCACUAGGGAUGAUCUAGUAGCGACUCCCUAAACAAACCAAUUUUAAUCCUUUGUUG